AUGAAACCACCCAGCACCUCAGCCAAUGAUCCCAUCUUCUUCUUGCAUCACUGUUUCGUCGACUUCAUCUGGGAAAUGUGGAGACAGUCACGACAAAAUCGAUUUGUACGCGAAACUGCCUAUCCUCCCGACAUCGGAACUUGUGCCAACUCCCAGCACUUCAGCUAUGCCCAGAUGAGACCGUGGGACAAGCAGAAUCGAGACGGUCUGUCCAACGAGUACACGGAUUACCUCUACCACUAUGCACCAAGGCCCACCUGCUCGGCUCAGAAUCCCAACUGUGGCUCCCCGUAUCUGUUUUGCGACACCCGAGGAAGCCCACAUUGUGUAGCUAAGAUCAAGCCAAACGGUCUUUGCCGUGGAUUCGAGGGUUUGGACGCGUGCUGGAAUGGAGUGUGUGUGGCCAGUUGGUGUCGACCCGGCCAACUCCAAACGCAACCGGCUCCAUUUUCGAAUGUCAACUGCUACAAUGACGAUCCGUGCUGUGACGCCUGGGCAAGACAGGGCGAAUGUUCGGUAAAUGUGGCCUACAUGAACCGAUACUGUAAGAGGAGUUGUCGCCUGUGCACAAACCCCACGGAUAACCGUCCUGGUUGUCACGAUCGACAUCUUUCGUGUGCAUUUUGGCGUGCACAAAAUUACUGUACACGUCGACGUCAAUGGAUGGCCGAAAACUGCCAAGCGUCUUGUGGUUGGUGUAACAUGGGACCACAACAACUCUGCGCGUCGGUGGCAUUCAUGAGUCGAGCGUAA